AUGUCCGCGGACGCGAAUAAACAAGCUCCUGUAGCUCCGCGAGCACGCCCAUACAAAGACUUCCUAAAUGCCGACUUCCACCGACGAUUUGUGCAGGCAUUCCUGGUGACCGGUGCAAUAUGCUAUCUUAACGCUAUUCUCAUGGGGCAGGCGGAUAUUCUCUGGAUAUGGUUUCCCUUUGGACGCGCAGGAGUGCGAGCGCUUCUCAUUCUCCUCAGCAGCCUCUUCGUAUACGUUAUAAGAGUUGCCCGGUCACACAUCGGCGAGAGGAACUCGUCAAAUUUUAUCCAAGCCGCUCGCAAUGUCUUUGGUCUACAUACGUUUUUCACAUUGGCGCUAUACGGGGCCUCAGCCUUCUUUUUCGUGGAGACGUAUAUCGCGCUUGGUGGAGCACCGGACAUGGGAAACAUUGAGAUCGGGAGAGCUCACGAACGUGAUCGAGUGAAUGAACGCCCAGUUUACCUCCGCGCCAUGAUCUACCUAUUCCUCGUUCCCAGCCAGACAUUGGUCCACCUCUUUUGCGACCAUGAUAAGAUAGAAUUUCCGUCAGAAGAGACAGAUGUAUCGCCUACGGUGCUAUCCAGCUUACAGCCAACUAAAGAUAACAUGAAUAAAGCUGUCAAGAUGUUUAAUCGCACCUUCUGGCACACUGUCGUUGUCAUAGUGUCAGGAAGCAUGUUCUACUUCUUCAGCACCUCACUUCGAUACAUGACAUGGAGGAUCGCAUACACAUCAUUCUAUCUGCUUGUACCUAAUGCAACUGGACCCGGUCGAUAUCCUGCUCGAGGCUUCCUCGACAUGUUCGCACGGUGCUUUUUUGAGUCGUUCCUCCUCUUGUUCCUUUGGAAUACCAUAAAUAGUACCUUCAACAUUUUCAUGAGCAGGGAACCUUUGAAGAAAGGGCAGCCUUUAACGAACGACUCGAAAGAUCCGAAUGGGAGCUUAGUUCAAGGACUACGCUCAAGAAAAGAGUUACCUAGAUGUUUUGCGUUCUGGGAAUUGGCAGUCAUAGCGCAACGUUUCGAGGCACGCCGGCAAUCAAUAUACGAAGACUUCAGCCGUGGCGUGUGGAAAAAGAUCCUCGACGCUUGUAUAUCAGAGAUCGAACAAAUCACUAAGCGGAUCGAUGCUACGAAGCCCACUCCGCCACCUGCUGCGAUACCCGCAGCCCCAAUUGAACCUCUCCCAAGAAUCGCCCAACCUCUGAAGCAGGACAAUGUCCUCGGACCCGCAUCUGCACGAAGCAACGGUCUAGCUUCAUAUGCGAAACAGCAUGGCGUGACGCCCCGCAAAGAGAUACUUGGUCCCCGUGCUGUCAAAUUGAUUGAGUCUGGACGGGACAAAAUUAUUCCGCCACAAGCACAAGCCGAGAUUCAACAAAAAGGCGUCGGAGGUCUUAUGGCCGACUUGCUACUACCUCUCAUUCGUACACCGACCAUUGGUCCAUAUUUGCGUCUAACGUUCGCUCAUCAAGCGAUCACUGUCGUUGCUGGAUCUCCCUACAGCCGGCUGAGUACGAUCAUUGCCGCGGUUGGAGCUGUCACAGGGCUCGCAGUGCAUAGUCUGAAAGAGGACAAAUAUGGCUGCGUACAUGGCAAUGUUCCCUUAAUUGUGCGCACGCUCACAGCCGCAAUUACGUCUAUCGACCAGUUCAUUGCGUCAACAACACCACACUGGACAGACGUCGACUUCCGAGAGGAACAUAGAAAAGUACCUGAAGUUGAGCAGAUUAAGAAUAAGUUGAGGAAGGGCUUAGAGAGGGUACUUACCGCACAUGCGGAAUACCUGGAGAGCGAGGGUUUAAGUGCACCAGAGAUCAAAGCAGCCCGUCAACUAGUCAGCGCACCAUCCUUGGACGAAGCACAAAAAAAGCCUGAGAUGCAGCAGGCAAGAUAG